AUGUGGCGGAGUGUUCUAGUGCGUGGAAAUCGACAUCAUAAAGAGGAUUUCUUUUGUCUUUAUGGGGGCAGUUCUAAGGGCACGGUCGUCCUGUCGAAUAAGAGCAAGGGGAACAGCAUGAGAAAAAAGCCGAGUGCGCCGGGUACCUCGUCGUCGCUUGCGAGAGAAGAUGCGGAAUGGAUCGUGGAGGACUUUGAGGAGAAUAAUGCAGAAGUGCCGUUGAGCGAUCUCCAUACCAUUACGUUCACGAGCGUAGUGACUAAGGCGGCGUUGGAGAGUGUGGGCUUAAGUGGCGCAUUGGGUAUUGAAAUGAAGUAG